CUUUGCACUUCGGACAUUAGUGAGGAGCUGCGCAGCAGACUCGGCUAGACAACUUUUCACGGACAACCGCCAAAUCUAACAAAAUGGGAAACUGUCAACCUACAAUUGUUCCAUACGAUGAUUUUGAUGUUGUAGCCGACAUCAAAGCUAUCCGUAAAGCCUGCAAAGGGCUUGGAACUGAUGAACAAGCGAUCAUUGACAUAUUGGCUAACCGCUCCGCCGAUCAGCGCAUGGAGAUAAAACAAGCAUACUUUGAGAAAUAUGAUGAUGAGCUAGUGGAGGUGCUAAAGAGUGAGCUGUCAGGGAACUUUGAAAAGGCCAUCAUUGCCAUGUUGGAUCCCCCUCACAUUUUUGCUGUGAAAGAGCUCAGAAAGGCCAUGAAAGGAGCAGGCACUGAUGAAGCUGUUCUUGUGGAAAUACUCUGCACAGCCACCAAUGCUGAGAUUGUUACUUACAAAGAAACUUACCUCCAAGUCCAUGAGAGGGAUCUGGAGGCAGACAUUGAAGGAGACACAAGUGGGGAUGUGAAGAGGCUGCUCAUCAUGCUCCUUCAGGGCACCAGAGAUGAAAGUGAAGACGUGGAUGAGGCCCUGGCUGAGCAGGAUGCUGUCUCUCUGUUUGAGGCUGGAGAGGGCCGCUUUGGCACAGAUGAGUCAACUUUCAGCUAUAUCCUGGCUAACAGGAACUACCUCCAGCUGCAGGCCACUUUCAAGGCCUAUGAGGCGAUUUCUGGAACUGAGAUCUUGGAUGCGAUUGAGAACGAAACCUCAGGAACACUGAAAGACUGCUACAUCACUCUUGUUAGAGUUGCUAAGAACCCCCAGUUGUUCUUUGCUCGCCGGCUGAAUGCGGCUAUGAAGGGUGCAGGUACUGAUGAGGACACACUGAUCCGCAUCAUUGUGUGUCGCUCUGAGAUUGAUUUGGAGACCAUUAAGGACAUGUAUUUGGAGAAGUAUGAUGUAUCACUGAAGGAUGCUCUGAGCUCUGAAUGCAGUGGAGAUUUCAAGCGUCUCCUACUGGCCAUCUGCCAUUGAGAAAGAAGAGAGCUCACAGGAGUGCCCACACAGGACCAGGGGUGCUCUUAAUGGACAGGAUGAACUAACAGUACUAACAAACUGGUCCUACUGUCCAGAAACACUCAACAAGCUAUAGACAGAAAGGGGUAGGUUAACACUACCAACCUAAAUAAAAUGUCCAGUAUUUAUAAUUUUGUAUUUAGCACAGUUAUGAGUAACACUGAUGCAUCGUGGUAAUUCAAAGGCAUAUCUCUCAUUUAGCUUUACACAGUAAUAGGAACGACUGGGCAGUGCUUCAUGGAGCGAAUAGAUCUUAAACUCUAAACAGUGACUGCUCUGUGGCCAGUUUGGUCUUUGGCCCAGCAGAGUUUCAGUUAAACAGAAUCUUGUGGUUUUGAGCCAGUCAAGGCCGUAAACAAAGGGCAUUUUUGUGGGGCAUCUGAAGUUGUCAGAUUCUCAGUAUGUGCAAGGUUGGGCCCUGAUAUAGUUUGAUGUUCAUAUAACAUUACCAGAGCUGCUAUUCAAAACAGAAAUCCAGUAAAAAAAAAAAAAAAAGCUAGAUCAUUUUCCAUGAUAGAGUCUCAAAAUCAUGAGUUUUGGGUUUGUCUCUGACUUCUCUUGUAGUUGCCUUUUAAACCACAGGAAUGUUCCCUGUGUUUCUGGCAAAAAAUUGCAGACUAUGCAGUUGUGUUUGUGUUAGCAUAUAAUCGAAAAAGAAAAAAAAUGAAGGCGUGAUUCAGCAUAUGAAGGAAUGUUGUUUAAGUUGGCUGAUGCAUCACAUAUUUUUAUAAUGCGGAGAAAAUUUCUUGAAAUAAUACUGUGAUCAUUUCAAACCAUUUUUUUUUCCUGCCAGUACCAAAAUUCCUUGUUGACACCGCAGUGUAAUACAUGGUGCGUGAAGUUCAUCAGCUUUACUGUAUGUCAGUACACACAGAACAUAUAGAAAUGCUUUGGCAGAUUUCACACUCUUGGUCAAUUAUUUAUAUUUUUUAGUGAACUAAUACUAACCUGAAUCAUAUGUUCUAAAUGUACUUACAAAGUACUAUAUAUUGUAGAGUGACCUAUAUUUACAAUAUGUGUUAGAAGUUUCUAUGAAAGGUAUACGUGUUAGUAAAACACACGAAAAAAAAAAUGGUCUGAGCGUCCUGACACAAAUUCUUGUCUUGUGGCAGCUGGAUUUUCAACCACCUGAAAUUGAUUUUUAACCCAGUCUCAAAAAAAGACAUUUUUAACCACAUAACUUUGUGUAAUUGAUUGGUGUCAAUUAACACGUUAGCGUGUUAGCUGCUGUUUUAAUUAUUCAGUAUUAGGAUACUGUACCAGUAAAGGUAUUCAAUAUGUGGGACCAGACUCCAUCUUUUGAAAAGACAUGGAAAAAGGAUCAGUACGUUGCCUCUGAAAAACCAAAUAACUUGUUACAUGUUGAAAUAAAGCGUGAAUCA